CGAGGCUGGUGUGAGGAGCGAGUCAUUGCUACCAACCAGUCAGUCAACCAGUCUAAUUAUGAAGUGGACGCUGGGGCGAGGUGAAGGAGGGGACAGGAUCACCACAUAUAAAGACAAAGCUGCUGCCCUAGAAGAUGGAGGAGGGAGGCUACCUUAUAUGUACACUGAGGAAGGCAAGGAUCCUAAGGAGGGCGAGGAACAGGACGAGGUUCCGGACGGUGGCUGGGGCUGGGUAGUCGCCUUCGGGUGCUUCAUAGUGUGGGCAAUCUUAGGGUCAGCAAGUGCAAUUUUCGGCGUGCUGUUCGCUGAGUUCCUGACGGAGACCCAUACGUCCUCCACGGUCAUUGCCUGGAUCCACAACCUUGCCUUCGUCCUCUCCUGUUACUGCACCUUCCUCCUCGAUCCGUUAGUGGAGGAGUACGGCUGGCGACAUGUCACUAUGGCCAUGGGGGUGAUGAGAAGCGCAGGGCUGGCCGUCUCUGCCUUCUCGCCCAAUGCAUACUUCUUGUUCUUCUCCUACACGAUCUUUGCAGGGAUCCCCAUCGACGUCCUCUACAGCUUAUCCUUCAGCAUUGUCCCGCAUUACUUUACCAAACGUCUCACCAUCGCCAACACUUUCAUGUCCAUGGGCUCCUCCGUUAGUAUGUUGUCUUUUCCUCUCUUCGUUACGUUCCUGCAAAAUACCAUUGGUUUCAAGGCUGCAAUCAUCAUCACUGCUGCCUUGAAUCUGAACUUAUGUGUGGCAGCCAUGGUAUUUCAUCCUGUGGAAUGGCAUAACAAAAACCGCCAAUAUCACCCAAAAAUUGAUAACAUGAAGGCAAAUACAGGCUCAGAGAGGAUGAAAACACAAGUUAAUGCUCUAGUUAAAAAAGAAAAACAAAGAGGAAUUAUUUAUAAUGUGUUGAAAUCGUUUUCAAGAGUAGGCGACAUAGCUAAAGCUAAUCUAAAGCUUAUGAAGCAUCCUAGAGUCGUUAUUGUCAGCCUAGUCGCUUCUAUAAAUCUACUGGGACUCUCGAACUUCGAUUACUUGGUGCCCUUCGCGAUUCAGGCAGCGGGGCACAGCUUGGACCAGGCUGGACUGUGCUUCACCCUCGCUGGUGUGUGCUUGCUCAUCACCAGGCUCCUUCACCCGUUCCUGGUGACCUGCAUGACUCACAAACUUAUUAUCAUAUGUGGGUCCACCCUCCUCGCCACCUCUGUUGUUGUGUUUGCGUGGGCUGACGACCUCCUGGUGAAAGCUGCAAUGAUGGGAGCCUUUGGCAGCGGGACGGGGCUGGUGUUUGCUUCCUACAACCUCGUCAUGGUGGAGGUGUUGGGUUUGGCCAUGCUACAGCCUACUCUCAGCAUUACAGGGCUCUUCAAUGGGGCUUUGUUCCUUGUUAUUGGUCCCUUUAUAGGUAUGGUUCGGGACUUGAGUGGGAGCUACAAGGUAGGGAUGAGUGUGCUGGGUGGUCUCCUCUACACUAGCGUCCUUCUGUGGGUCUUCCUGCCUGCCGCUGUCACCGAACAAAGCAAUGAGGAGAGAAAUGACCUGCAGCAGUCACCACCUACACCUCCUCCCAAGUCCUUCAAUGAGAAAAGACCUUUGCUGUCUCGUCGGCCGCACUAGCCUGUGAUUCACUCUUUUAUGUAGGCUAGUGAAUGUAACUAUUAGUCUUAGACAUGUUCAGGGCAUGAAAAAGGUCUGAGAUGAUUACAAAAUCUUUCAUAGUCUACCUGCUCGAUUCGAUUAAACUAUAUCGCUCGCAACUUUGACUUUUCGAUCACUGCAUGUCUUAGAUCAGGGAAUGUGUUGAUUUUUGCUUAUUAGUACAUUAUAAGCCCCACUUUGCUAUGAAUUGGUGAUAAUUAGCCACUAUCUGAAUGUUAAUUGAGUUAUAUUGUUUUUGUUAACAUUAUAUUGCUUCAGCCACUAGCAGUCCACGCUGCUUUGAUGUGAAUCCAGUCAAGAAAAGUAGCGCGCGCCGAUCGACUUAGGAAAAUUACACAAUCUUCUAAGUUUCUGCUUUGUUUUUCCAAUCACACCGAUAUACUACCUUGUUCAAAGCUACUUCCUAUUUUGUUAUAUAUGAUUAGAAACAUGAAAUCCCACUGUACGAUAGUAAUAAACCAAAUUAAAUUUUAA